GAAGGGAGUUGAAAUUUCAGGCUAGAAUGAAGAUUGCCAUAGCAAUAAAGGUGCUCGAUACAUGCAUGAAGAAUGUCCACAAGGGCCCGUUGUACAUGGUGAAUUGCAGCCCUGCAACAUUUUUUUAGGGCGUGAUUUGCAACCCAUGAUUUCUGGAUUUGGAAAGGCUACAUGGCUUCAUUAUGAACAAGUAUCAAACUCCAAGAAUAGGUGCUUCCUCGUGGAUCCAUUCAGCCACGAAUCAAUGGCAUCGGUGAAAAGCGAUGUUCUAUCAUUUGGAGUUCUGCUUUUGAGACUGUUUUGCCGAAUAUCAGCUCCUGAGGAUGACAAAAGUUUAAUUAAGUGGGCCCGGCCAUUGAUGCUGAAAAGAAAAUUCUACGAGCUAUUGGAGGAAGAUUCAGAGUUCUCGGACAUGCAUGGGAUUUAUAGAGUGAUGGCUGCGGCAACUGCAUGUACAAGGACUCAGCCAAUUUCUCGACCCUAUAUGACUCAGCAUUUAUGCUGCCGAUCUUGUUAUUGCUGAAGAAUCCUUCCUUGAUUAAGGGCUAUAGCCUAUACAAGUGAUAACUCGCUUUAUUUAACCCCAAUCAACAGGUAAUCUGUCUUCUUAAAGGAGAGCAAUUUUGUGAUAUGCCAACGUCUCCGUCAGACAGUAGCAUGUAAAGAGGAACCAGAAAUUCUUCCCAGGUCAGUUCCCAAAAAUUAAAAAGGCUCAAUUGGCUGGUAUUUUUGCGUUAAUACCAAGGAUAUCACUGCAAUCAGAACACAAUGUAACAAUGGAAAGAGAAGACGAGAUUUCCAGAAGUGUUGCAACUGGAUUUGUUUAAAAUGAAAACAUGGAAACCGAGGGAACGCUACAAAAUCUUUUGUUUUAUCAUUGAGACAAAGGAAGAAGGAGAAGAACUAGAGCAAUUUUUAUUUCCCCUUUUUUCUCCUUCAAUAUUUUGGCCUAUAUGAGACAGAGAAACAAAGUGCAUCAUCAUCUUCCAGCUUUUGCAACCCUUAAGUUGUAGAUAUUUUCGACAAUUUUAUUGAUCAAGGAUUUUUCC